AAGACCAUCACGAGGAAGACAUAGCUAACAGUAUCACAGUAUCAGUGUAAAGUUGACUGACUGCAAGUUCGUUGAUAUACUACAAGCAGUUUUUGCCCCUUCGCAAAAGAUUAGUCUAUUAAGAAGCAAGAUGAAAGCAUCGGCAUACAACACUACGGCCAUCAUGCUCCUACUGGGAAGCUUCGCUGUGUUGCUGUUGACAGCCUCCGCCGCGCCUGUGGAGUCUGAUGACGAGCAGUCGGAGAACACGCUGGUGGCGCGGCCGGACGAGGACUACGGCACCUGGGAUCCUGCCAACACCGCCGCCCUGCGCAAACUGCUGCUGCAACUCGACGCUGAAGACAGGAUGAGCCGGGUGAGCCGCUCGUGGCCGGCUGCAGAGCCCCGCGGGUGGGGCUUGCGCGCCCUGGACGCGAGGCUGGCGCGGCCCUGGCGCGCGGACAAGCGGCAGGUGCGCUUCCGCCAGUGCUACUUCAACCCCAUCUCCUGCUUCCGCAAGUGAACGGCCGACCCCACCGACCUCGCUACCCUAGUUGUGUAUCACCACUGGGCUCCAACGUACGCUAACCCGUUUGCAUUUCGAACGAAUUUUGAAACUAUAAAGCUCUAAAACUGGUUCAGUCUUUUAUUUAAAAGAAAAUAAUUUGCAUAACAUUCCAAAUUCAAUUUUCUUUUGCAGAACAUAUUCAAAUGACCGAGAGAAUAAAAAACAAUUGAAACAAUUGAAUUUUAAAUUAAUUUAUGAACUUCUUGAAACGUUAUCAUUAAAAAAUAGAGUAAAAAAGAAAUCGUUCAAUAUGUAAUAGCGUUAGCGUUUAAGGAUAUAGUCUAACGUACCUCUGUACUCCUUAGGCCUAUAAUGUAAAUACAUUUUGGUAAAGUCCUUUUCCUUGUAACAAAUCUAAAUUCAUGUUCAAAUAUUGGCGUAACACCUUAGUGUUAAAACCUAAGCGUUUUAAUAUUUGGAAUCUUGUGUCUUUAGACACAUAAAAGUUAUAAUCUAUCGUUAGAUUUGAGAACCAAAACAUGUGUGUAGGUGUUAACUUAGAAAACUAAACUCGAACAUUAUAUAAAUUGAUAAUCAAAUAUGUGUCUGUACUACGAUGAUACUGAUAUAAUAUGUACGUGUUUUAUAGUAGUGAGUGCAUAUAAAAUGAAAAAUAUAUUUUCGUCACAGAUU